UCGGUCCCUCUGUUAUUAUCUUCCGACUCUGUCCAAAACGGAAGCUGCCGGUGUUAUGAAAUGGAAACGAGGGUCAGGACGAAGGAUUAUUAGGAAGUUUACGGAACUUAUUUCUUGUAUUUGCUGUUGGCGGUAGCAGACGAGUUGGAGUCCGAAGAGGAGGAUGCACGGACAGAUUCUGUGCGGCCGCACGGCCGUCGCGACGCGGAGGCUGCGGAGCAUCCUGGGCUCGGUGCUGGGCAGAGACGGAUGGAUGAGGAGAACACACGAGGUCAAACUGAUCAACACCGCCGCAGGAGACACGGUGAAGAUCGGAGAGAUUUCCUACACACUCAAAAUACCUCGGAAUCCAGAACUUGUUCCCGUCAAACACAUCACAGACUCGCUGCCGCAGACGGUGGCUCAGCACCUGCGAUGGAUUAUGCAGAAAGACCUUUUGGGCCAGGAUGUGUUUCUCAUCGGUCCCCCGGGACCCCUGAGACGAUCCAUAGCGAUGCAGUACCUUGAGCUGACCCGACGGGAGGUGGAGUAUGUGGCUCUGUCCCGGGACACCACUGAGACAGACCUGAAACAGAGGAGGGAGAUCCGCUCGGGGACGGCCUUCUACAUCGACCAGUGCGCAGUGAGGGCAGCAACACAAGGCCGAGUCCUGGUCCUGGAGGGGCUGGAGAAGGCGGAGAGGAACGUCCUGCCCGUCCUCAACAACCUGCUGGAGAACAGGGAGAUGCAGCUGGAGGACGGACGCUUCCUCAUGUCGGCCGAGCGUUACGACAAACUGCUGCAGGAGCACACCACAGAGGAGCUGGACAGCUGGAAGAUUGUCCGCGUAAGCGAGGACUUUCGGGUCAUCGCUCUUGGCCUUCCGGUUCCCAAGUACCAGGGCAACCCGCUGGACCCUCCUCUCCGCUCACGCUUCCAGGCCAGAGACAUCUAUCACCUGCCGUUCAAGGACCAGUUGGAGCUGUUAUACACAGCCGGACCAAAUGUCGCUGCAGAAAGGGUUUCCCAGCUGCUGUCGCUCGCCACGACGCUGUGCUCCCAAGAAUCGUCCGACCUGGGCCUCCCUGACUUCCCUGUGGACAACCUGCUCCCUGCCCUCCACGUGCUGAACGCCUUCCCUAUGCUGUCGUCCCAGCAGUUGCUCCACAGACUUUACCCCUACAACAGUAUUUUGGGCAAGGACGGGCGCACCGCUGUCGAGGGCGUCCUCAGCAGAUUCGAGCUUCUGGACGGUCGUCGUCAGCCGGUGCCUGGCGCCAUUUUGAGUGUGUCUGCGACAAGGGAGACGGAGGGCCGUGCAGACGUCACGUCACGCGUCGCAGACAAGGACAUCACCUUUCAGGUCCCAGCGGGAACCAAGGAGCGGUGUCCGCCCAACAGCAGCCCUGAAUUCAUCAGGACACCUAGCCACUGCCAGCUGCUGUCGGAGAUGAUGCAGUCUCACAUGGUGAAGGACAUUUGUCUGAUAGGAGCCAAGGGAUGCGGCAAAUCAGUGCUCGCCAGAGAGUUUGCGGAGAUGCUGGGUUACAGCAUAGAGCCGGUCAUGCUCUACCAGGACAUGACAGCCCGGGACCUUCUCCAGCAGAGGUGCACGCUCCCGAACGGAGACACGGCGUGGAGGCCGUCCCCGCUGGUCACGGCCGCCAUUGAGGGCAAGCUGCUGCUGCUGGACGGUAUUCACAGGGUCAACCUGGGUACCCUGGCUGUGCUGUCGAGGUUACUACACGACAGGGAGCUAGAUCUGUACGACGGGACCCGGCUGCUGAGGUCGGACAGAUACCAGACGCUUAAGGAGCAGCUGCAGCUCAGUGACGAGCAGCUGCAGGAGAGGUCCAUCUUCCCCGUCCACCCGUCCUUCAGGGUGCUUGCUCUGGCCGAGCCCCCUGUCGUCGGGGCCGGUUCCUCCAGCAGCAGCAGAGGUCAGCAGUGGUUGGGUCCAGAGCUGCUCACGAUGUUCCUCUACCACACGGUGACUCCGCUGGCCAGAGCAGAGGAGAUGGGCCUCAUACAGGGACUGAAUCCUAAUGUUCCGACAGAAGCAGCAGAGCAGCUCCUGCUCCUCACACACAGUCUCCGCAACACCAACGAUCCCACGGCGCAGUCUCUGGCCUCGUCUCUCUCCACCAGACAGCUGUUGAGGAUCUGUCGUCGUCUCUCUCACUACCCCGAGGAGAGCAUCGCUCACGCUGUCAAUAAGGCCUGUCUCUCCAGGUUCCUGCCCAGCCUGGCCCGAGCCUCUCUGGAGAAGAGCCUCUCCAGCUGCUCCGUCCAGGACGCGGCAGCAGCUCCUGCAGCCGAACACUCUCCUGAUCUCAGCUGUACGAUACAUGAUGGUGUGUUGACGAUCGGCAGCGUGUCUGCUCCCGUCUUCAACACCAAAGAGAAGAUGAAGGUUCCGGACGUUCUCUUCUAUGACAAUCCCCAGCACAUGAAGGUGAUGGAGGACAUGUUGAAGGACUUCCUGUUAGGGGAACACCUCCUCUUGGUGGGCAACCAGGGCGUCGGUAAGAACAAGAUAGUGGACCGGUUCCUGCACUUGCUGAACAGGCCCAGAGAAUAUCUGCAGCUCCACAGGGAUACGACCGUCCAGACUCUGACCCUGCAGCCGUCCGUCCGAGACGGCAUCAUCACGUACGAGGAUUCACCUCUGGUGAAGGCCGUGAAACUGGGUCACAUACUUGUGAUCGACGAGGCCGACAAAGCUCCCACGAACGUCACCUGCAUCCUGAAAACCCUGGUGGAGAGCGGAGAGAUGAUUCUGGCCGACGGACGCAGAAUCAUCUCGGAUCCACGUGAAGCCCAGGGUCGACCCAACACUGUCGUCAUGCAUCCAGACUUCAGAAUGCUGGUCCUGGCCAACAGACCCGGCUUCCCUUUCCUGGGCAACGACUUCUUCGGAGCUCUAGGUGAUAUCUUCAGCUGCCACGCCGUGGACAAUCCGAAGCCCCAGGCCGAGCUGGCGAUGCUCAAACGGUACGGCCCCGACGUUCCCGACGCCACGCUGAGGAAGCUGGUGGCCGCCUUCGGGGAGCUGCGCUCCAUGGCCGACCAGGGCACCAUCACCUACCCCUACUCCACCCGGGAGGUGGUCAACAUCGUCAAACACCUGCAGAAAUUCCCGGGCGAGGGUUUGGCCAACGUGGUGCGGAACGUCUUCGACUUCGACUCGUACAACAAGGACACGCGGGAGGUUCUGAUCGAGGCGCUGCACAAGCACGGGAUCCCAAUCGGUGCCAAGCCCAGCUCCGUCAAACUGGCUAAGGAGUUGCCCCUGCCCGAGGCGACGAUGACGGGAUACUGGACGAUAAACCAAAGUGGCAACGCUCGCCGCAAACUGCUCUGUCCCACCGAGACGCACCCCAUAGACGUCAAGGGCCCGGUGUUCCUGCGUGUCCAGAGAUUCCCCUGCGACAGGCAGGAGAGCAGGGCUUUGAGUUUCAGCGAAGAGAAAGCCCACUGGCAGAUUCCCAUGAACGAGGUCAAUAUCAUCUGCGAUGUCGCCACCAAAGAUGACUUGCUGUACGUGGCCACGUGUAACCCCGUGUCGCUGUUCUCCAUGAGGGAGCGCGGCGAGACGCUCCAGUGCGUGGAGCUGUAUGACGUCUUCCCCAGGACCAUCAGUGGCGUCUGGCAGCCGCUCGUCACAGUGGCCCCCCUGGGGAGUCCCCUGGACGGACAGGUGGUGCUGCACGAGGAGCAGAGCAACACGUUGCUCCACGUGGACAUGGUGACCGGCGCCGUGCGGCGCCUCAUGUUGUCUCCAGAUGCCGAUCAACCCGUCAGCAGAGCGUCCAACUGGUGGAGCAGCAAAGAGCCGCAGGGGGGACAUAAAAUGUGCCGCGACUUCGCUCACAAGAACUGGCUCCUCUUCUACAAGGAGGACGGGAGCCAGCUGGAGGUGCUGGACGUGCUGGAGGGCCGGGUUCAUUCCAUCUCCCUCCCCAUCAAGCUGAAGUCCGUCUUCCUCGUGGCAGAAGACCGCUGGCUCCUGCUGGAGAACAACAGCAACAAGAAGUUCCUGCUGACCAAGCCCCUGCACAUGGCGGCCGAGGACGCCGGAGUGUGUCAGCUCCACAGCAUCAGUGACGACUCGGCCGAGGCGUCCGCGCCACAGAUGCUGUCCUGCGAGCAGCUGCCCAACGAGAACCUCAGCGCCGCUCUGGACCAGAAGAUCGUCUCGCCCAACCGCGUGCUGGCCGACAUCGGCGCCUACGCACGCGUCGUCGUGGGCUUCCCGGACCUCAUGUCCCCGAACGAGGUGUACAGCUUCAAGAGGCCCGUCGACCUGUCGGCGAUGAGGAGCGGCGAGAGCGGCGCUCACAUGCUCCUGAGUGGCGGGCCGCGGGGGUCCGGCUCGGCCAAACGGGACAACUGCGUCGCUCUGCUCUCGGCCAAUCAGGUGGUCCGAGCACUGCCGCCCGCCAAGGUUCCCCUGAGGGAGAUCUACCCCAAAGAUGUCACACCUCCGAUGACGGCGGCGUACCUGGAGGUCACUGACUUGAACUCCAAAAAGGUCAAAUACGUUCCUGUGCCGAGGUCGACGAGCGUGUCGCCGUACACCAGCUGGUUGUCCAAGGUGUCCGAGUCCGACGUGCUCGUGGCGCCGCUCGGCUCAGGGGGCGUGGUCACGGUGGACAUGGGCGGGUACGUGCGGCUGUGGGAGACAGGAUUGGACAGCCUGCAGCGGUCGCUCAUGGAGUGGAGGAACAUGAUCGGCACGGAGGACGGCCGUCCCUUACAGAUAACCAUCCAGAGGGAGAGCGGCCAGGACGUCACGGCCCCGAAACACGGCAAGAUCGACGCCAACAACGAUCCUCAUGUCGGCGGGAACCAGUGGGCGGGAGGCACAGGCGGCAGAGACACGGCCGGGCUCGGUGGCAAGGGCGGACCCUACCGCCUGGACGCGGGACACAAGGUCUACCAGGUGUCCCAGGCGGAGAAGGACGCGGUUCCAGAAGACGUCCGGAGGGCGGCUCGCGAAAUGGGCGAGAAGGCGUUCAAAGAGAGGCUGAAGGAGAUCAAUAUGAGCGAAUACGAUGCCGCCACGUACGAGCGCUUCUCCGCUGCCGUCAGGAGACAAGUUCAGUCUCUGCGAAUCAUCCUGGACAGUUUACAGGCCAAAGGGAAGGAGCGACAGUGGCUGAAGAAUCAGGCUCUGGGAGACCUGGACGAUGCCAAGAUCAUCGACGGGCUGACGGGAGAGAAGGCCAUCUAUAAACGCAGGGGAGAGCUGGACCCAGAGCUGGGCAGUCCGCAGCAGAAGCCCAAGCGUCUGCGGGUCCUGGUCGACGUGUCGGGCAGCAUGUACCGCUUCAACGGCGUGGACGGUCGCCUGGAGCGCUCCAUGGAGGCCGUGUGCAUGGUGAUGGAGGCUCUGGAGAGCUACGAGCACAAGUUCAAGUACGACGUCGUGGGCCACUCGGGCGACGGCUACGACAUCGAGCUGGUCCGAGCCGACUCCGUCCCCAAGAACAACAAGCAGAGGCUCAAAGUCCUCAAGACGAUGCACGCCCACGCCCAGUUCUGCAUGAGCGGCGACCACACGCUGGAGGGAACGCAGGCCAGCAUCAAGGAGCUGGCGCGGGAGGAGGCCGACGAGCACUUCGUGGUGGUGCUCAGCGACGCCAACCUGGAGCGCUACGGCAUCCGGCCCGAGCGCUUCGCCCGGGUCCUGACAUCCGACCCGCAGGUCAACGCCUUCGCCAUCUUCAUCGGAUCGCUCGGGGAUCAGGCCGAACGGCUCCAGAAGACGCUUCCAGCGGGCAGAUCCUUCGUUGCCAUGGACACUAAGCAGAUCCCGCAAAUACUGCAGCAGAUCUUCACGUCGACGAUGCUGUCCAGUGCCUGACACACACACACACACACACACACACACACUCACUCAGAUCCUCAAAAUUCUAUUCUGCAAGUGCUGAAACCUCUGGGUCUUUUUCACGACGUGUCCUUCACACACUUUCUGAAUCAGAUUAUUUAACUCCAGGUUCAAGAGACUCGUCUUCGUCCUGAAGAGGAGCGACGGUUAUCAUGUUUUAUUAUUUUACAGAACAGCGUUUAGCUGCUUGUGACGACACACUCGCUGCCGCGGUAACGCCGUGACGUGACGGAGUCAGACCCCACGUGGGGAUCAAACAGUCGGCCCUAACCUGCCAUUGUUUGUCCCAUCGUUUGUCUGUGGCCGACGGCGCUGACGCACACACUCGUCCGUCUUUGUCCCGUUGUUGUGGGGUUUUCCUCCGAGGAGACGGGUCGUGAACUUCCUGGUCAGUUUAUCGGCUGCGACACACAGAAGAAGUAGAAGAAGCAGAAAAAAACGCACAGGAAGAGAAACACUGUCGCGCCGCCGCCGCCCGGACGAACGGACGGACACUUGGUUGUGACUGGUGGCAACAACUUGGAAUGUCGGGACUGUGACCGGGGAGUUUCCACCUGACUGCACACGCUCGUGUGUGAGUGUGUGUGUGUUCACAGAUGGCCUUUCAUUGCCAAACCUCCCAAACAUACACACACACACACACACACACACACACACACACACACACACACACACAAAUGAGUGUGUGCACACAUGAUUUGUAGCAACACUUUAUUGUACAGAUCCUGUGUUUGCCAGAUGAUUUAUUGGAUUUAUUCCUUAAUAUGAACAUGAGGGAAACAGAGAAAGUUUCACUUGCGGCUCAUAUAUUUCGCUUUUUAAGAAAAAUAAAUAGGAAACUAUAAAGGAGGUGAGCGACAAAUAGUCCAUAAAAACACAAAAUCCGUCAGAGAUAAGGAAAAUUCUUAUUUCUUACAUGAUGAUAACAAUAAUUUGAAAUAUAUUUUGUUUUCCUGUUGCUGUCUGUUAAAUUUUAUAGCAAAAAACUAUUUCCAAUUCAUCUGAAAACUAUCAGAAUCAAACUCACACAACAAGAAUCAUAAACAGGGGUUCAGUGAAAAGAUUUUCAGAUUAUCCAACAUAUCUAUAACUGUAUGACUGUUUGUGGCCUUUAUUCAAAACACCCUCAGUAAUCUACAGAUAGAUUAUGAAGGGAAAUUAGCUGGAGAGUAUCGGAGCUGCCGUGCGACGUCCGGCUGUGCAGUCAGAUUAAAAGUCCACGCGUUUCCAGAACUGUAACACGUACUGUACUGUUCCGCCGCCGGUCGUCACACUUCACGCUCCUGCUGCCGGACUGAGCGGAUCAAUACCGCGGCUCAGCUGAUUAUCAGUCUGUAUUGAUCCGUCCGUUUUUAAUUAACCUACUUUAAAUUCCAUCGGACUCUUUCUCUCAAUCGGCUGACGGAAUUUAAAAGUGACUUUGACACUUCAUGUUUGUGCAUGUGGGCAUUUUAAAAUGAAUAAUCCUUUAUUUAAUUUUAUUAGUUUAUGUGAAAUAAAUUGUAAACAUAAUGUAUAAAAUGUUAAUAAAUCUUGUAAACAUUA